UACGCAAUUUCCUUUUAAACACAGGAAGUGUGAGGUGGCUUGCUGGUUUUAUCAUAAUGUCUGCUAUAUUUAACUUCCAGAGCUUGCUUACUGUCAUCUUGCUGCUAAUCUGCACUUGUGCAUACAUCAGAGCACUAGCGCCAAGUCUGCUUGAUAAGAACAAAACAGGAUUUCUUGGAAUAUUCUGGAAAUGUGCAAGAAUAGGUGAACGAAAAAGUCCCUAUGUGGCUUGUUGCUGUAUCAUCAUGGCUUUCGCCAUUUUAUUUUCUGAGUAGCAGCACAAAGAGAGCCUUACCAAGAAAGUGAACCAAUUAGAAAAGAAGCUAUGUCUACUACAUCAGACACUUUGUAAUGUAUCCAAAUUUUCCCAUGUUUCUAGAAUUUAGUUUUCACGUUUGUUUUUAUGCAUGGUGAGGUAAACUGUGCACAUCUUGUGUAUUUCCCUUCCAUAUGGGGCUUUAUUUGUGCAGUUGAAUUGUUUUGUGGGCCUUGUGCUAGUAAAAUAUGGAAACAGUGUUUUUGUAAAGUCAUACUCCCACCAACAUCACAACAAAUGUCAGAAGUUGAAUGAAAAUAAAUAUUAAAAUUUUUUAUGCUUA